AUGGCUUCCGACCACAGCACGGCCAUUGUGCCCCCUAAGCGGGCUGUUACUGAUUACCCGCUGAUUGACUCCGACCCGCAUUUGCGCCGGGUUUUCGGAUAUGCCCGCUCCUCUGACUAUGCCGUUGCCGGUGCGGCCGCUUCAGUCUCCCCCAUUGCCUUCUGGGUUAUGGAGCGAGUGAGCCCGUCGCAUGUUGGCCGUGGUGGCUUUUCCCCAGUGAUGCGCCUGGCCACUGCUGUCGGUCUCCUCGGUGGUCUUCACGUCCUGUACCAGCGCUCUUGCCAGCGUUUCUACGGAUUCACUGAGAACACCAGGGAAGUCGAGAUGGAUAUGCGGGAGAUGGUUGACAAGGUGAAGAAGGGCGAGCCCCUGUACGGCACAUCCCAGGUUUCUUCCUAUCUCCAGGGUGUGGCUGCUCGUAACUCGCGGUACUCCCAGCUGUUCAUCCACGUCCUGCCGUGGAUCAACGUUGUCAACCACGACCAGCACGGCGUGGACACUGCCAAAUACUAUCAGCAAGCGGAGCGUGAAUUGGAAGCAGAGCGUUUGAGCAAGGCCUGA